AUGGCCCAGAAGCUGAAGAAUAGACAGAAGAUUUCGGUGAACAAGGUCCUCACAAAAGCCGUAGUCGACGAGACGGCACCUGUUUCCCCUCCUCCGCCUCCCUUGGUUGUAGUCAACCAACUGUUGAAAUCCCCGUACACGCGUUCAACCGAGCUACGGAUCGGGAACGAUACCUAUCAUAUCCCAUCGGCGUACCUAGACAAGUACCCAAAAUUGCAACCGAGUUCCCCCUUCAUUCACCCUUCUACGCUCGACAUCGACGGGGAUAUUGGACACUCCGUGGUUCACUACAUUUUUACCGGCGGCUAUGAAACACUCCAGACCUCUCUUGAUGACCCCAAUCAGUACAUUCCACGCGAGUUCCAGCGAGCCGUCCAGGUCUAUUAUACUGCCCACAAGUACCAAAUACACGGCCUAGGAGAACUAGCCAAGACCUACAUUGAAAAGUUCGGCGACGAAAUUCGCAUUGUCACUAUUUUAAAGGCAGUCCGAAAGGUGUAUUCACGACUUCUCAACACGGAAACCUGGCUCCGCGGUUACCUCCACACCAAGCUUCAGGGCGCAUUCGACGCGGACGAAAACACUUUCACACGCAAUGAGUUCUACAACAGCCUGGGAGAUGACAAUAUCUUCAAUCAGGCGGUCAUGAAGAUGGUGGUGAAAAUCUACGCGAGCACGGUAUCCUCUCUGCGCGCUCGCGCAAUCGAGGACCGUCAGGUCGAACCGGUCCCGGAACUUCAUAUAGAACCCGAUUACCCCCCUACCCCUCGACAGUCCAGUCUGGUGAUGGUUCCUGAAGACCCGCCCGCCGGUCCAGUCGAGGCGGAUGAGGUGCCGGUUGAAGCGUGCGUCGAGGACGCUUGUGAUCUGCCUGCGGCCACUCCUCUCGAUGACUGGGGCUCUCCUGUUGACCGGCAUUCCGUUCCGGUCUAUUGA